AAGAGGAGCAUGCUGCAAUACGUUGGUCCACGCUUGCAGCUACCAGUGGUGUGUCUGUGUGUAUUUGCUGCAGAGACUGAUGAACAGCAGUAACCAAGUCGGGAGGGUGAUUCCCUGGCAAAGAUUUCCUAAUCCAGAUCAAAAGGAAUUAGAAACUUUUCGCAGUAAAUUACAAUGGGUUGCAAUCUGUGCUCUUUCCAGAAGCGAGAGGAACACUACAAACUGCUGUAUGAAGUUUCACAGGUUAAUGGGAAGGAUAUUUCGAGAGCUACUCACAAAGAAGCAGUUGAAGCCUUUCGUAAUGCUAAAGAGCCAAUCGUUGUACAAGUCUUAAGAAGAGCACCUGCUAACCGAGUUCAUGGAAGUGUCCAGGAAGUGCAGCUUGUGAAUGUGAGCACACAAACAGACAUCACAUUUGAGCACAUCAUGGCUCUAGCCAAACUCAGACCAUCCACUCCACCGGUUCCUGAUGUUUGCCCUUUUCUUCUGUCUGACAGCUGCCAUUCUCUUCAUCCAUUGGAGCAUGAAUUUUAUGAAGGUAAUGAGUAUCUUUCCAGCCUGCCUGCUGAUGGAGAUAGAACUGAAGACUUUGAGUACGAGGAAGUUGAACUGUGUCGUCUAAAUAAUCAGGAUAGAUUGGGCCUAACUGUCUGCUACAGAACAGAUGAUGAAGAGGAUACAGGAAUAUAUGUCAGUGAGAUUGAUCCAAAUAGUAUUGCAGCAAGGGAUGGACGCAUUCGAGAAGGAGACAGGAUUUUGCAGAUUAAUGGGCAAGAUAUCCAGAACAGAGAGGAGGCUGUGGCGUUACUUUCCAGUGAUGAAUGCAGGAAGAUUGUUCUGCUGGUUGCAAGGCUGGAUUUACCGCUGGAUGAAGGCUGGCUCGAUGAUGAAAGGAAUGAAUUCUUGGAAGAGUUGAACAUGCAAAUGCUAGAAGAACAACAACAUGAAACAACACAAUAUACAGCUAAUGAAGUGCAACAGCAGAAAAAGCCAGAAGAGGAAGAUGGUACAACUGACACAGCAACUUCAUCAUCCAAUAACCAUGAAAAAGAUAGUGGCGUAGGACGUACUGAUGAAAGCCAACACCAUGAUGAGAGCUCAGAGUUGGAAAAUAUAGUUAAAGGUCACAACAGUACUUUGUUAAAAAAUACAGAGCUAAGGCAAAGUCAGCUCACAUUAGAAAGUACUGGACUACAGUAUAAUGAAAGUCUUGUUUCUGGGGAAUACAUAGAUUCUGAUCCCGCUAGCAAUCAAGAAGAGGAAUGUGAUAGGUUUCGACAGUUGCUAGAGCUUAAGUGCCAAAUACGCAACCGUGGAGAGUAUGAUCUGUACUACUCUAGCAGUACAAUUGAAUGUAGCAGAACAGAACACAGUGGAGUAGAACAUGAAUUACAGCUUUUAAACGAAGAACUGAGAAAUAUUGAACUUGAAUGUCAGAGUAUUAUGCAGGCUCACCGAAGCCAAAGUGUUAAUAAUCAAUGUGGGAACAUUUGGGAAAUUCAUAAUGAUGAAAUCUGUAAUUAUACUACCAGUGUAGAACCUCAGAGAGGUAAACUGGGUUACAUCAGAGAACAUACAGAGCGAUCUGACAAGGACAGUUCUAGUGCUUAUAACACAGCUGAAAGCUGUAGAAGCACACCUCUGACUGUAGACAGAUCACCGGACAGCUCUCUUCAAAGAAUAAUCAGUAUCACAAACCAUAAAAACAUCCGAAGCACUGUUGUUACAAACCAUUUAUCAUCUGGACUAAGCAGCAUUGAAAACACUCCAACCAAAUCUAAAACCAAUGAUCAGCACCUAGUUAUACCAGGACAGGGAAAUAUGUUAGAAUGCAGUACAUUCUCAGACUACAGGAAACAAAGCACUGAGGAAAUUCCUUACCUUUCGCCUUACCAUAGCUCAACAUAUAGAUAUGGAAAUAUACCCGUCCAUGCAAGACAUUAUCAAAGUUACAUGCAACUCAUCCAACAAAAAUCGGCAGUGGAGUAUGCACAAAGUCAACUAAAUCUGGUAACAAUGUGCAAAGAGUCACAAAGGUCAUCAGAGCCAAGGAUGGAAUGGAAAGUGAAAAUAAGAAGUGAUGGGACAAGGUACAUAACUAAAAGGCCAGUAAGAGACAAGCUUCUAAAAGAGCGUGCCUUAAAAAUUAAGGAAGAGAGAAGUGGAAUGACUACAGAUGAUGAUAUGAUGAGUGAGAUGAAAAUGGGGCGUUACUGGAGUAAAGAGGAAAGAAAACAGCACCUUAUGAGAGCAAAGGAGCAGAGAAGGAGGAGGGAAUUCAUGAUGCGCAGUAGGUUGGAGUGUCUUAAAGAGAGUCCACAGAGUGGCAGUGAGAGCAAAAAGGAAGUUAGUAUAAUUGAACUGAGUCACAAAAAAAUGAUGAAAAAGCGAAACAAAAAGAUUUUGGACAACUGGAUGACAAUCCAAGAACUAAUGACACAUGGAGAAAAGUCUCCUGAUGGAGCCAGAGUACAUAAUGCCUUUUUAUCAGUCACUACUGUUUGAGUAGGACUGUCAAGGAGUAGGCUACCUUUUUAGGUAGAGUACAGUUGCCCCGUUCAAUGUGGCAUUUUAUAUAUUUUGUGACUAUUUAUAGUUUCUCUUUUGUAAGCAAACCUAUUUGGCAAUUUUACACUUUUUUUUCAUAUACAACUUUUUCUUUAUCAAUACUGAAUUAUUUAUGAAAUUAUUACAUUGUUCAUUUUUUUAAGAAAAAAAUGAAACUUGAAAAAAAAGCCAUUUGAUUUAUUACUAUGAUAUAUCUGUUGUUAGUUGAAAUUUUGAUUAUUUCUCUAGUUUAUUUUUUUCUACUUUACUGAUAACAUACAGUUAAUACCAAAAUAAACUGUUUUAUAUACCUGGUUAUUGGAAUACAUACAGAUAAAGUUUGUAAUGUAGCACUUCUCAUCUUAUACUGCAGACAUGUGAUUGAUGAAGACGGUGUACAUGGAAUAUGUAUCUACAACUGUAUUUGUCCAAGUCAAGUGUCAGUGGGCAACCGUGCCACAAUUUGUGUUGGCAUAAGUCAUGUAGCUAGAUAUAACUGUGGAGAUGGAAUUCAAAUAAAUUAUUAUACAUAAUUGCUGA